CCGCCGCCCAGAUCUGCUUUUCUCUCGCAGCGCCAUGUCGUCCCCCUCCCGACUCAUCUCCCCGUUUCGUCGUGCCUUCCACUCCUCGAUCAAGAACAUGGGUGUCACCAAGACCGUUAUCAAGCCUGGAGAUGGCAAGACCUUCCCCGUCCCGGGCAGCCGAGUCAGCAUGCACUACAAGGGUACUCUGAGAGACGGCUCCGUCUUUGACUCCUCCAUCGACCGCGGCAAGCCCUUCGCCUGCCAGAUCGGUGUCGGCCAGGUCAUCCGUGGCUGGGAUGAGGGUGUUCCCCAGAUGAGCCUCGGCGAGACUGCCAAGCUCGAGAUCACCUUCGACUAUGCCUACGGCGAGAGAGGCUACCCUCCUAUCCCCCCUCGCAGCGACCUGAUCUUUGAGGUUACUCUUCUCUCUAUCAAUUAAAUGUGCUGUCUGUCUGGACCUGGUCAGACCUUGAAUAUACAGUGACUGGAGCAGCAUCGGUUGAUCGACUGCCUUCCUCCACACGCAG